UAUAAUAUUUAUAUAAUUUGAUUGAUAUAAUCAGGAAUUAUUCGACGAUCAAAUUAUUAACAUUUAUAAUAUUUUUCGAUCGUUCUAAAUCGAUUAUGUAGUACAAUAAAUAGAUACAGACACGCGAAGGUCAAAGGACCUGUACAGCUAAUUCCUGCGGAAAACAAUCGAUCUUUUGACCAUUAAUUGCCAUCCAUGAUGGAAUUGCAACAUUGAUGAAGUAGAAUAGUAACAAUUUUAAGCUCUGAGUCGGACUCAUCAAUGUUGCAAAUUCUCCAUUUGAUAUUGUCUGUGUUGUCGUGUAAUUUACUUCAUAAUAAUUAUCGACGCAUUAAACAUUCGUAGGUAACAUGAAAGUGUCAGCUGCCAAUUGUCCCAGAGACAUUAGAAACGUAGUCGAAUCCUAUCUAUUGUAUUAUUAUAGUGUGUUAUAUCUCGAUGUGUGUAUGUACUUAUAUGAAUACAUAAGAUAGAAGUAAUUGAAUAUUGUAAAGUAAUUUGUUAAUUGAGAAAAAUUUAUAAUAUUUGAAAAUACUAUAAUAACAUAUACAUAUCAAAAUUUAAAGUUUUAAAAAAUUAGAAUUGUUUUGGAAAAACAAUUUGAAGAAAAGGAUUUCGUCUAUAUAUUAAUUCAAUCCAUAUGAUGAAACAAAAAAUAUAAUUACAAGAAAAAGAGUUUAGAAACAUGUUUCGUAAACAGUAAAGUUCCUCAGUAACAACUUUCAACGCGACACCGAUGUUAAUCUUCCAUCAUUCAAUCAUGCAAGAUAUGAGAAAAGUCCAUUAUAACAACAGAUCUAAAGAUUAAGGUCGUGAUAUGAGCGUAAGGCUGAGCCAUUAUCGGUUGUGCCGUCAUCCAGGGAUUGGCCGAUCAGAGCCAAGCUUUUGCCUUGCUUGGCCACUUAAAAUACCAGUCAACUGUUCACCCCUAAUGAUUCAGGGGCGGAACAAUCGUUUGUUUCCUUAGUGCGCAUGUACGGAGAGGCGGAACCACCCCUGAUGGCGACGAAUUGCACAUCCUUUUGGUGAAAAGAUAUACGGUAAUAAAACACGUGAUACGAAACGUCAACAGGCUCGACAGGAAGUUGAGGUCGUGACGCGAAAGAAGUUUGAUCACGGUGAAAUUAAAUUUCCUCUUGAGUUUGAAAUUGACAUUGUUUUCAAAGAAACUACAUAAUAAUUUUUUGAGAUAAUAAUUUUAAUCAUUAUUGAUCUUUGAUUUUUUUUAGAUCCUAUUAUUCAAAGUGAAUGUGAAAAAAAUUAAUUCAUGAAAUGUUAGGGAAGAGUGAAAUAUUAGGAAAAAAAAAUUAGUAGUUUUUUAUUUUAUAACGAAUAAAAAUCAUCAAACAAUUAAGAAUCGAACAAUUAAGAAGAAACUGUGAAUUCAUGUGAACGAUAAAAAAAAUAUUUUCGAUGAAUAUGAGUACAUAAGUUACAUGUUUUAAUUGAUAAAAAUUGGAGUGUUAGAUAGAAUGUUUUUAAAAUGUAUUGAAUAAUUGAGGCAUAAUUAUAUUGAUACAUUGGUGAAGAGAAAAUGAUUUGACCAUAUUAAAGAGUGUUGCACAUAGUUCUUUUAGUGUUUAUGGAGUUUGAAACUAUUUCUUUUAAAGGAAUGAGCUCCCACGCGCAUGCAAGAACAAUUUGUAGCGGAAGCGCAGUGACAAGUGCGGUUUCUGCGUUACAUUUCUUAAAAAGUUAUAGUCUAUUCACGCCGACUUCAGACUUAUGCAGAUAUGAGCCAUAUAAUUCUAAAGACUACAACUUUGGAAAUAUCGACAUUUUAGAAAAUUCAAAUACACCAGAUAUAACAAUUGGCCGGACAUCAUCGCCAUUAACACCCUCAUCUUUAUCAACAUUUUCACUUCCAGGAUCUCUACUUCAACCACCGUUCUUAUCUACAAUUCCACCUUUAAUGCAAUCUAUAAAUGUGCCUCCGACGUUUUCUAAUAAUAAUACAAGUAACAUGGUAAGUCGUCAUUUUUUGAGUGCGAAUAGUAUCACAAACAUUCAUAAACGAUCCAGAAGCGAAAAAAAACCAAUACCAGAUGAUCAAAAAGACGAAAAAUAUUAUGAAAGACGUAAACGUAAUAACCAAGCUGCAAAGAAAUCUCGAGAUGCUCGGAAAAUUAGAGAAGAUAAUAUUGCAUUGCGAGCAACUAUAUUAGAGCAUGAAAAUGCAAUUUUAAGGGCGCAAGUGAUAACUCUUCGUGAAGAAGCGCAAUGUCUUCGACAUAUGUUGAUUAAACAGCAAACAUCACCGCUACAAUCCAUUAAUCGGUCGAUUUCUUCGAUAACACCUGUUACAUUAUCACCUCCUCAUUCAACGACAACUUUAGAUUGCCAAAUUUGAAGUAUACUAUUAAUAAAAAAACGUCAUAGCUGAUUUUUGGCAAUCAAAUAAAUAUUUUUUAAUAAUUAUAUAGGAAAAUAUACUUAUAUAGGAAAUCAUAAAGUGAUAUUAAAUUAUUUAGAUUGUUGUGUUAAGAUUUUUUAAAUUUUAUUAAAUUUACAUAUAGACAAUAUAUACAUUACUUGAAAGCGCACAAAAAAAUUUUAUUGUUUGUCAAUUGGUUAUCAAUUUAACUAAAUAAUUCAAUUAUUAAUUUUAAAAUUUAAAUAUAAAACAUUAAUUCAUAUCUUUUAAAACAAAAAACAAAUAUAAUAUAUAGUUUCAUCGCUUAUUUAGAUUAAGUAAGAUAGAUUAUGUAAAUAGUUAUAAUAAUAUCAUUUUAUAACUGUUGAGAAAUGAAAAUUUAUCCAUUAUAAAUAAAAUAGCUUCAUUGUUAUAUAAUAAUUAUUCAAUAGAAUACGUUAUAUAAAUGUUUUUAGUAAACAAGUAACUUAUAUGUAUAAAUAUAAAAAUUUCAAUUUUAAA